AUGUCUUCUAACGUCUCGGUUUAUGAUGCAACGAUCACUACAUUCAACCCUCAAGUAUUUGAUUUGUAUAUCUUAGCACAGAGUUGGCAACCAACGUUUUGUUCUGGAAAAGAAGCUCAAUAUCCUGGUUGUCGUAACCCUGAAACAUAUUGGGAAACUCAUUUAACACUUCAUGGUUUAUGGCCUGAAGAAUCGAAUCAUGUACCUCCAAGUUUUUGUUCUCGUGAAGCAUUUGAUGCGAAAUUGAUUGAACAUACAAUUGGAAUGAAGACAUUACAUGAAUUUUGGCCUGAUGUUAAAGUUUCGGAAACUUCGGACGAAUAUGCCGAGUUUUGGAAACAUGAAUGGACUCGACAUGGUACAUGUUCAGGUUUAAGUCAAGUUGAUUACUUUACUCAAGCUAUAAAUCUCGAAAGGAAUGACACGCUUGCACCAACUCCUGAAUUUGUACAACAACAUGUUGGAAAAGAAGUGAAUGUGAAUGAGUUACGUCAAGCAUUUGGUGACGCUGCUUUGAAAUGUCAACAUUCACACACUCAUUCAAUCAUGUUCUCACAAGUUUUUACAUGCUGGCAAAAGAAUGCACAGAAUAUUCCAACGCAUCGCUGUAAGAUUAAGAUUCGAUUAUAUUCUUCUACGUUUCUAAACAAGACAAAAGGUGUGUUGAAACGCGUGUUUAUUCAUAUUGCGUGA